AUGGCGGACAAGUGUAUACCAUGUAACAAAAUCGUCUCUACAAGGCAACAAGCCAUCCAAUGCGAUGGUUGUUUGAAAUGGAACCACAGAACCUGUAACACUGGUAAGUGUAAUCUUCUGCAGUUUUUCGUGAAUUCUCUACAUUGUUCCUUACCUCACUCUUUUAUAAUUUCGCAGGCAUUUCUCAACAAGAGUAUAGAGAAGCUGUCAACGCCGGCACGGGAAUACAAUGGCUGUGUGAACCCUGUCAGGUGCCAGUUGCGGAGAGUUCUAGAAUCUCAUCAGAGUCGUCA